AAUCUAAAAUAGAAUAAUAAUAAUAAUAAUAAUAAUAAUAAAAGGCUCACAAGAGAAAUUGAAAGUUAAAAAGUAUUAAAACUUAAUAGACAAAUGGAAACUUCAAUCUUCAACCCGCGUGUUCUGCUUUUCUUCUUCUCCCUGCACCGAACAAGAAGACCCAAGCCGACCCACACCUCCCCUUGGAAGAAACCGGCAAAGCUUGAUGAUUUUUGCCUUUCUUUUCUUGUUCAAGAACAAGAUUUGAGCCUUGAAAUCCCCCCCCCCUUCUACAGAAUUUUCAGAUCUGCUCUGUUCUUCCUCCUCACCAUCGGCUGCUCUUGCUUUGUGGGUGUGAUUUGCUCUGGUUUCUGUUUCCGUGAGUUUCCCUGCACUGCCGCCGGCUUCUUCUCCCCCUGCCAAGUCCGGUUCUGCAGCUGGAAAAUUCUGGUAUGUUGACAGCUUCCUUUAAGUUCAAUUUCACCCAUUUAAUUGCUGAAAUCAUCCAUGUAAUUGCUGCCCCUGUACUGUUCAAAUUUCUGCCCAAAUAGCGGAAGAAAUUAGCAGCCUUUAAACGUGUUUUUUUGGGCUUAGUUCAUGUAGAAAUAAACCUGUUUUGGCUUGAAAUUUAGCUAUUGUUCUGCGUGAAAAUCCUGCUGUUUUGCCAAAGAUUUUACUGUUCACGCAGAAAAUUCUGCAAUUUGCUACUGUUUUCUGCUCCUUUUCAGUCCGUUUCUUCUCUGAAAAAUCUGAUGAAAUAUCCAUUUUUCUGGACUUUUAGCUGGCUGUAGUUGAAUUUUGGAAAUAUCAGUUACUGUUCAUAGAUACUGUUCAUGACACUGUUUAUGAGCGCUGUUUACCAGCACUGUUCAUGCAUUAAUGGCCAACAAUUAACAUGAUUUAAAUGUUUAGUUUGUAAUAUAAGAAUAAAUUUGAAGAUGUCCAAUGAUGUGGAAAUGGAUAGAAAUAACAUCGUUAUUAGGGAUAUUCAUGGUGAUUUUACUUUUGAAUUUGUUGUACAAUAAUUAAUUUUGGAAUAUUUUGAUUAGGGUCUUGAUCAUUCUGUUAGUUUAGUACUGAGAUCGAGUCUUCGAUUUUAUACGAGUGAGGUAAGUAAAUUUAUGGUAAUGCCCGUACAGUUUUUAAAAACAUGUUUUGACUUGUUUUUGAAAUGGUGGCUGGACUAAACCCAUUUUACACAAAUAUGAGCAUGACUGAUCUGAAG